AUGUCGCUCUUCCGAAUUGGAGGCGCUACUGGCCUCCGUGCGACUCGGCUCGCCGCACCUGUCAAUGUCCGCUUCGUCUCCAGUGUCACCAAGGACGUGAAGACCAGCCCGGCCGAUGCUCCCUCUACACCCAACAAGGACAGUUCGUUGAUCAACAAGCAAAGUCCCUCGGAGGCAAUGACCCGUCAUCAGCCUGACUAUGAGGCUACCAUUGACCAAGCCACCUCCCAAUUCUCCCCAGUUCCCAAGCGCGUGAUGGAUGGCAGCGAACCCGGCCCUACUCUGCCCGCUGCUGUUCUCUCUGGUGCCCCUACCGACCUCCAGGCCCGCACUGUCAGAAUCUACCGCCCCACAAAGCCUGCUACCCAAUCUGGCACCUGGCACGGACACCACUGGCGGAUGGAUUGGGACAUUCUGCAGAAGGGUCACCGGUGGGAGAACCCCCUCAUGGGCUGGCAGUCUUCCGCCGAUGCUAUGCAAGGCACCAACCUCAAGUUCAAGAGCAAGGAGGAUGCCAUUGCCUUUGCUCAGAAGCAGGGCUACGAAUACUUUGUGCAGGAGCCGAAUGAGCGCCGGUUUGUGCCCAAGGCUUAUGCCAACAACUUCCUUCACGAGUCGCGGAAGCUCAAGCACAUCAAGACCAAGUGA